CUGAUAGCUUUGAAAAUUAUUAGCAAUCUGGAUAGCUAGUUGACUGCUAUGGAUAAGAAUAGCUAAGCAAAGCUAGCAGGGAGACAGCGUUCAAAUUGUAACUGGUGCAACUGAGCUAAAGUUAUGUCGAUGAAGCGCGAAUCAAAGUUAAAACAUAAUUUAUACUAGUGGUGGUGGCGUGGAUUUUGAAAUGGAUAGUUAACGUCAGGUGGCACACACUACCGUACACAGUCCAGCUAGUUAGCCAGCUAGGGGAUCCCCCAUGCUGACCACGGAAGUGACCGAAACAUUCACUAGUUUAAGUUGUGUGAAGCUCUGCUAUGUGCUUUGGGUCUCCUGACUGUAAUUAGUGUUCGUUAAAACUGAAGGUGUAGAAGUCAGGUGGCCAUCAAGAGGCAGCAGGACAUUUUGACGUGAAGCGACAAAGACGACACACAAUCCAUCAUGCUUGGGGGUGGAUUCAAAGCGGAGAGACUUCGAGUAAAUCUCCGACUCGUCAUUAACCGCCUUAAACUUCUGGAGAAAAAGAAAACCGAAUUGGCCCAGAAAGCUCGGAAAGAGAUUGCAGACUACUUGUCUUCAGGCAAAGAUGAGCGAGCCCGAAUCCGUGUCGAGCACAUAAUCAGAGAGGACUACCUGGUGGAGGCUAUGGAGAUCUUGGAGCUGUACUGUGACCUACUGUUAGCCCGCUUUGGCCUCAUUCAGUCAAUGAAAGAGCUGGACCCAGGCCUUCAGGAGGCCGUAUCCACACUCAUCUGGGCCGCUCCUCGACUGCAGUCUGAAGUCUCAGAGCUCAAAAUUGUGUCUGACCAGCUAUGUGCGAAAUACAGCAAAGAGUAUGGUAAACUCUGCAGAACAAAUCAGAUUGGGACAGUCAAUGACCGGCUCAUGCACAAACUGAGUGUCGAGGCCCCACCAAAGAUCCUUGUGGAGCGCUACCUCAUAGAGAUUGCCAAGAACUACAAUGUCCCUUAUGAGCCUGAUGCCAUGGUCAGGCCGGAGGUGACCCCGGGGGAGGAGGCUGACCUUAUUGACGUUGACAGUGAUUUCAAAAAGCCUGGCUCGGGUGGCGGAGGAGGAGGAGGAGGAGGUGGUGGCGGAUUUACAGUGCCCUCCGCUGCUAUGCCCAUGCCAAUGCCAAUGCCAAUGCCCAUGCCCAUGCCCAGCGCGUUCAACUACCCACCUCCCAAAGGAGCUGAUGCCUUCAAUGGUCCUGUUGGUGCUUAUGAUGGCUUUAGCAACUUCCAGCCACCAGGGAGAGGGGGGCAGCCCCCCCAGCUGCCCAGCUGCCCCCCCACCUACGAGUCUAUUGAUGAAUUCUCUAUCAAACCCUAUGAUCCAUCCCAGGCUUCAGGCCCGAGCGCCUCUGCUCAGAUCUACGACAACAAUGCCCUCCCGGAGCUGCCCUCUGUCCCUGACACGCUCCCAGCCGGCUCCCUUGGCGGGCACACCGCCGCCUCAGACGACAUCGACUUCGAUGACCUGACCCGCCGCUUUGAGGAGCUGAAGAAGAAGACCUAAAUGCCAGGCCCGCGUGUCUCUGCGUCUCUGAUCGAAGUCACCGCAGUCAUCAAGACAAAACAAACAAAACAAAAACCAAACAAAAAGCUGGUCAGUUCCCCUUUCGAAAACCUUCAUCUGUGGCACCCGCUGUUUCUCACUGUCCUCUAACCACAGGUCUGGGUGUAAACACACCUUAUCCAAGCACUCUUUGGGGUCGUUCCAGUGUACUUCUGGUGGAGGUUCAUACGUCUUCUCUCUUUUGAAAUGCAAAUUCAAGGCUUAGACUGACCAAGGAUACUUGUGAAAUUAGAUUGUCAGGAAAUAAAUUGUAUAUCUGCAACUACACUUUAUACGUAAACAGACCCUUUGUAAGUAAGUAUAUAUAAACCGUUUUUACAGGAGCACUUUGAACGUAUGGUAUGGCCUUUCUGACAUAAAUGUUCUGCGUCUGUAAUUUAGAUAACACCGCAUGCAUGGAUAUCCCCAUGUUGCCAUCUCCUCUAAGAAUAUAGUGAAUGUUUUCCUACAUGGGCUCAAAGUAGUGUUUAACACGCAGAGAUCUAAUGCCACCAGAAUUAUGUUAAUGUUCCAAAUUUGCUUUUUUUGAAUGGCAAGUAGGCCAAUGCGUUUGUAGGUCACACCCACAGGUUACAAGGCUUUUCCUUUCAAAAUCAGACGAGAAAAACCUGUUUGACUAGGCUUAUAAAAACUGGUAUAAAGGCGGAGAGGUGGUUACAAGCUGGAGUGAAACUAUCAUUAGAAAAGAGGGAUAAAGGGCAAUCAUAGGAGUCUGAGUGCAGAGGGAAUCGGCAUGGAAAAAUGUAUGACGUAGAAGUACAUCACUGAAUAUACUGUAUAUAUACGUGAAUACAUCAGUGAGGUCUUUUUGUGUAGUGUGGUCUUUUUGGGUUGCUUUCCAUAUUGUUUCUUUGAAGGAAACCAAGCUUGGCUUUCUAUUUAAUGUACUCCAUGUUUGAAACUUUCAAUAUAUUUCAGAAUAUUGGUUGCUGCUCAAUGGUGAUGGUGAAAUUUGAUUGUUAUAUUGUAUAAAAAGUCGCCAUGUAACAUGUUUGAUUUUAACCCCCGUUUACAGAUUGUCUGAAUUCUUAAUGGCUGGCACAGUGGUUACAAUAUCCAAAGCAACAGAAAAUUAUAGAUCACUGUUCACUUUUGUAAGUUUCUUGAGUGCCAUGCUUCUCCACUCACAAAGCUCAAUAGUGAGGCAGACAAUGGGUUUUAUGUCAAACUGACUGGAUUAUUUAUUUCUUAGAACACAGAGUUUUUUUUUUCAUUGUGUAUCUCCUUUGUGAGUGCUACACACACGCUCAGCUCCAAGCCUGUGUUUAAAUGGACUUCCCUGUGUGUGUUUGCUAUGUCAAUCUCGUCAGCAAGCAUAUCUAUCUUCCUUGAUUGAUAGAUGUGACGACAGUGCUUGUGAAUUUUAUCAGGCUUUUCUUCAUAAAGCGCUCCAAACAGAGUGGGACUGCAGAUCUGGGUUGAGCUUGCGGUCUCCGGAAAAUAUGAGAUACGGGGUUAUACCUGAAACCGAUUGAACCAAACCCCGAUUUUGCGGUCCUACUUCAAGAUGAUGCUUUAUGAAUAUUGAACCAGGCCAAGAGUUUGCCUUAGUUUCCAUCUUUCAUCAGUGGCCUUGCUAUAUCCAUUCAAUUCGUAGUGACACAUGACUUGUCCAGUGGUGCGAUAAAGUUUAAAUACACCAUGAAGCAUCCAGACUACUGAAACCCUUUCUUUUUGCAGAGAACUCUCUUUUUUUUGUGGGAGAGACUGGGUAAAAUCAGAGAAAGCGCAAGGUGACAAGAUUUUUUUUCUCACUGCUGUGUAAUCUAGCCCUUUGUACAGCAUAUUGGAGAUAAUGUAGUAAAAUUUGCCCUCUUGCAAUGUAAACUAACGUUUCCAUGUGCUCACAAAUGGAUGUAAAACACUAUUGUAUAGCAAACCUGUCCAUUUUGUUUGAAAUACUUUUAUGAAGACAUUUUUGACCUCAGAUUCAUAUUCUGUCAUUUUAAGGAACCCCUCCUGUAUCUAAAACAAUGAUUUAAUAAAAAUGUAUUUACAAGAUAAA